GGCAGUUACUACCUAAGCGCCAAUCUGCCACUGCCACUGCCACCGCUACAUUUCCGUGGUAACAUACAUGUACUUUAACAAAAAUCUUCCCGACUGAAAUUCGGCAAACCAAUGAAAGACGAGCGUGUGCUCACCCUUCCCGUCUUGACUUGUGCAUUGCAAACGUGAGAGUCAUUCACACAGCCAACGCAUAAGUCAACGGUCAACCGCCAACUGCCAACCGUCAACGCAUUCUCUUUACGACGCUUUAUAUUUAUAAUGCAUCAACGACAGGCCCGAUUCUUUUGGUUGUAUAGUUCCGGUCUCUCUCAAUUCUCCCCGCUAUAGGAAUGCAUCUAUAGCCCGACUUGAGAUCUCUUUUGGUAUUCAUUUUGACGAUAAGGACGUGUUGCGUUCUACCUAGUAUUUAUUAUGAGCGAUCCCAGUACGAAGUUGCUGGACGAGCUCCGGUCUCUCUUGGAUGAGACUACUAUUCUGUCCAUCUCCAGUGACUAUAACUUGGAUGAUCCUAAGGAAUUCGCUGCUGCGCGACAAGUCCUACUGACAAUUUCCAAGGAUGUGGAAGCGGAAGAAGCUACUGGCUUCAACCCGAGCGGCUUGGGUGUCGAUGAUAUUGUAGAUAUCAAUCCCUCAAACCAGGAUGAUGACGCUGAGGCCGCUGGCGCAACUGGUAGCGACAUGAAAAGCGUUGAUGGCUUCACUGUCACAACAGAGAGUUCCAUACCCCCAAGUCUUGUAUCCUCGGGAUCGUCGAAAACGUCCGCCCUUGAUAACCCCGGGCUUCUCCAUGUAGACCUCUUUGACGGCCUCACGGACAGCGAGAAGGAAGAACAGCUCAUUCAGAUGUUCGUCAACCUUAAGCCUAUCGACGUGAAGCUGUGUCUGCAGAAGUCGAAGGGUGACGCGAGCCUCGCUAUUGACGAGCUCCUCAACUUGCAAUGGCUCGAGCAGACCGGCCAACGUCCUAAAGGGGUCGAUGGCUUCUAUGUAUCUGAUGAUGACAAUAUUCCGAAUAGAAGGAAGAAGAAGGGUAGAAAGAAGAAGAAAGUGGCUAAGGUGACGUUACCCAAACAUGCCGAUUCGGAAAAUACAUUUCAGGAAGCAAGCGACGGCGAUACUGUACAGAGUGCGGAGCAAAUUGCACUUAUAUCUGAGAAGCUUAAUCUACCAUCUUCAGAGGUAACAAGCAUCUACCAAGACCAUAACGCCUCCCUUGGAGCUACUGUAGUCAAAAUUCUGGAUAAUUACAUUGGUGUAGGCGUAUCGUCGUCGGACCCCGAUUUAUUAUAUGACGUCCAGCGGGAGGUGGGUAAAUUUCCCUGGGUACCUCAUGAGUAUGUCAAAGCCACUUUUGAGGUCUGCUCGACGCAGAGCGAUGCUAUAAGCAUUAUCCGUAUAUUAGCGAAUCACUUUGAGAAGCCGGCAUAUUUGAAAUACGAGGUAUCGUAUAGUGUGGUAGCAUCAGGCUCCGAGGAAAUUGAUAUGCCUGAACCCACCAAAGCGUUGAAUUCGAGGCAAUCACCAAGAUCUCCUACAGCUAUCCGUUCACCAAUGGUUGAUCUGCCCAUGCGGGCUUCAACCCGCCCGGGGAAUCUUCAAGCUGCCGCAGCUGUCUCGAAGGCAAUUGCCGAGUCAAGAAACCACUCAUUCUCGUCGGCUGCAUCAGCCUUCAAGAAGGGCAAAUCCGAUCCUCUAUUUAGACAAGCCGGCGCGUACUACGCCGAACGUGCCCAGCAGCAAGCCAUGAGCUACCGGCAAGCUAAUAGUGUCGAGGCAAACUACCUUGUCGACCAACAGAGCACGGAAAGCAUGAUCGAUCUACACGGCGUCACGGUGCAGGAUGGCGUCGACAUUGCCCUAGAUCGAGUAUCGAGAUGGUGGCGAAGCCUCGGCGAGGAGCGAGUGCGGAAAGCGAAGACACAUAGUCUUACCGUCGUUACUGGCAUUGGUAAACACUCUGCAGAUGGGAGGUCGCCGUUACGUAUUAACGUUAUUAAGGCACUUGUCGCUGACGGUUGGAAAGUUCAAAUACAAACCGGGUCGUGCCUCAUCACGGGAAGACAAUAGAGACUACAGCUUACAGGUUACCUCCGAAAUGGCUUCUUCGGCACGCAAAGACAUGCAUCAGCUUUGAGGUCACUGUGCAGAGUACAUGCCACACUACAACGAAGGAGCAUUGGACAUUGGCGAUGUUUCAAGGCCGAGGAUCACAGGGAUAUAGAUGAUUAAUCGUUGUUGCAAUAAAAAGAAGAUAUCGACAGCUCGAUAGUUUCGUCUGAUCUUAUCUGCUACUGCUGGGCCAUUUAAUGAUUUAUUUGUUUCUGUUGUAUUUGUGGUUGAUGUGAAUAUGAAUUGAAUGUAGGUAACACGAGCAGAAUAGCGUCAAAAUAGAUGACCCAUCCCACCCAAGCAAAAUAAUAUACACACACAUUUU